UCAAGAAACUGAACAAAAAAACAUGGCAGGUAUUUUGCAAGCACUUGUGUUAUCUUCUUUGCUGAUUCUUGUGCUUGCAUUGCCUAUCACAAAUGCCUUCCCCAUAGGUAAAGCUCCAAAACCAAGGUCGCUGCAUCAAUCUAUAUUACGUCCGUGGAAGAAGGGUCGUGCAACCUUCUACGGUGGAGCCGAUGCCUCGGGAACCGUGGGAGGUGCCUGCGGUUUCGAAGACCCGAUAAAAGAAUAUGGGUUGCAUACAGUGGCAUUGAGCACUGUAUUGUACAAAAACGGGUCAAAUUGUGGAGCUUGCUAUGAAAUCAAAUGUGACAAGAAAAACAAAAUGUGCAAACCCGGAGCAUCAUCCAUUUAUGUUACCGCCACCAAUUAUUGCCCUCCCGGCGGCUGGUGCAGUCCGCCCGCCCACCAUUUCGACUUGUCCGAGCCCGCAUUUACUAAGGUUGCUGAACAAUCUGCUGGAGUCGUUCCUAUUCUAUUUCGAAGGGUUCAUUGCAAGAAACAAGGAGGCAUUAAAUUUACCGUAACAGGGAGUCCUUAUUUCAACAUGGUGUCGAUAUCGAACGUUGGAGGGGCAGGAAAUGUAAAAAAGGUGGAAGUCAAAGGUCACAAGAAAUUGAAUCAUUGGACAGAAUUGAAUCAUAAUUGGGGUACCAAGUGGGAUACCAGUGCAACACUUGUUGGCGAGAAACUAAGUUUCCGUAUAACCACUGGCGACGGCAGAACCAUAGUUUCACACAACGUUGCCCCUAGUGAUUGGCAAUUUGGUCAGACCUUCGAAGGCAAAAAUUUCAACCUAUAGCUUCAGUUUCUUUCAUUUUACAGCAUUAUAUCCUUUAGGGUAUACGUAUUAUUUUAAUAAAAUACAUUAUCUCGUGUUUUCUGUGAAGUGAUGAAAAUGUAACGAGUCAUUUUGCAAUAUUAAUGACUUUCUGCAUUGAAUUUUACAAA